AUGGCAUCCGGUGAAGGGUUUUUGACGAACGAACAGCAGAAGAAACUGGAAUUAGCAACUCAGAAUCUGUCAUCAUCUCCAAAGUCUCCUCCGUCGUUUGCUGUAAUAACGAAAGAUGGUGCUGCUUGUGGUAAAGAGAAUUGGGGAAAGGGUCUUGACACAGAAGUAGACAGUUCUUGUAUAGAUGAUGAAGAUUCUAGAAAAGAGGAAUCAUACGCGCUUUACGGUUGGCCAGUGUUAGGCAGUUUGGGUGAUUACGAAAUAUUUGUAGUUACCAUCAUUGAAGAUUACUUUAGCUCUGGGGAUGUCGAAGUGGCUGCAUCUGACGUUAUGGAACUUGGUUUGAGCCAAUACCAUCCUUAUUUUGUCAAGACACUUGUUUCCAUGGCCAUGAACAGAGGCGAUAAGGAGAAGGAGAUGGCUUCGGUGUUGCUCUCUCGACUUUACGCUGUUAUUAUUUCACCUGAUCAAAUCAGGUUUGGGUUUAUAAGACUUCUUGAAUCAGUUGGUGAUCUUGCUUUGGACAUACCUGAUGCUGUUAACGUCCUCGCUUUGUUUAUUGCCCGUGCCAUCGUCGAUGAGAUUCUUCCCCCGAUUUUUCUAGCUAGAGCAUUGAAGACUCUACCGGGUUCCUCUCAAGGGUUUCAGGUUGUAGUAACUGCAGAGAAGAGAUAUCUCUCAGCUCCUCAUCACGCAGAGCUAGUGCAGAACAUAUGGGGUGGGACAGAGAGUCUUGAUGAUGACCUUUCUCUUGACAUCUCAUCUGCUCGAAACGUAGGCUUACCAAUUGAAGAAGAUGAAAAGCUAAGACGAUACAAGAAUGACACAGUGACUAUCAUUCAAGAGUAUUUCCUCUCCGAUGACAUUCCUGAGUUAAUACGCAGUCUUGAAGAUUUAGGAUCACCUGAAUAUAACUCAGUGUUCUUAAAGAAGCUAGUCACUCUUGCUAUGGAUAGGAAGAACAAAGAGAAGGAGAUGACUUCUAUUCUUCUCUCUGCUCUUCACAUGGAGAUGUUCUCAACAGAAGAUUUCAUAAAUGGUUUCGUAAUGCUCCUCGAAUCCAUUGAAGACAUAUCAUUAGACAUCUUAGAAGCAUCACACGAGCUUGCUUUGUUUCUAGCUAGAGCUGUGAUCGAUGAUGUCUUGGCUCCGCUUAAUCUUGAAGAGAUCUCAGAGAGCUUACCACCGAAAUCAACCGGACGUGAAACAAUCUGCGCAGCUCGGUCUCUGAUAUCCGCUCAACACGCAGGAGAAAGACUCUUGAGAAGCUGGGGUGGUGGUACAGGCUGUACGGUGGAAGAUGCUAAAGACAAGAUCUCGAAACUUCUUGAAGAGUACGAAACAGGAGGAGUGAUUUCAGAGGCUUGUCAAUGCAUACGUGAUCUAGGGAUGCCGUUUUUUAACCAUGAGGUGGUUAAGAAAACUAUGGUAAUGGCAAUGGAGAAGAAGAAUGACCGGAUGCUUAAUCUCUUGCAGGAGUGUUUUGAUGAAGGGAUCAUUACUACUAACCAAAUGAGAAAAGGGUUUGGUCGAAUCAGAGAUUGUCUUGAUGACUUAUCUUUGGAUAUUCCAAACGCAGAAGAAAAAUUUAACUUGUAUGUUGCGCACGCUAAAGUGAACGGUUGGCUACACUGACGAAGUGUACUUUUUACAUAGGUUUGUCAUUUGUAAUGUUCUUCUGAAACUUUCCCAACAAUGAUUUUUACAAUUUUGUUACUUAUAUAAUUAUUAAAAGUCUUUCUAUCAAAAUAAUAGAAUCCGUUUAUUAUUCUAAUAGUUGAUGAACAUUGUAUAUACGCAUGCAUACAGCUCAUAUUUGAUGGCGUUGCAAUGUGGCUUAUAUCAUUGUUUAUUCAAAGUACGUACAUACGUAUUGAAAAUCUCAAAAAAAAAAUAAACAAAGGUUGACCAAAAAAAGAAAGAGAUCUGAAACACA